GUCUCAUCAAUUCAAGUCGUCAUCACUCCCAAGUCUCAAUUCAUAUCUAUUCUAUUUUAUCAAUUACCAUAUGCGCAAUUUAUCAAGUUAUUUGGUGAUGAUAUUGUUAUGUUAUGCAUGAACAGAAUUUUAAUACGUAAUAUCCGCAGACAGACCAGCCUAUUCCAUUCGGCUACUCAGAGGAAAUCCAAUCUACAUGUUUCAGCUCUCAAUAUGGCCAAGGAAGUUGAUAAAUCAGAAUUGAGGAGUAAAUUAACUCCCAUGCAAUAUCAUAUUACACAGGAAAAGGGCACUGAACGACCAUUUUCUGGCUGUUAUGAUAAGAAAUUUGAAGCUGGUACUUACGUCUGUAUAGUCUGUGAGCAACCCUUAUUCAGUUCUGACACAAAGUAUGAUAGUGGAUGUGGAUGGCCUGCAUUCAAUGAUGUCCUGGAUAAGGGAAAAGUGAAAUUGACCCCAGAUACUAGUGGAGGGAGGAUUCGAACGGAAGUCACCUGCUCCCAGUGUGGGGCCCACUUGGGACACGUUUUCGGAGACGGUCCUCCGCCGACCAAGAAACGCUUCUGCAUCAAUUCGGCUUCAAUGAAUUUUAUACCCAAGGAAAGUGCCGGAGAUAGCUGA